GUGUACCUUUUAUAUCACACACACUCUAUCUCUCUCUCUUUCUCGCCACCUUUUCUUCCUGUGACCCCCUCUGCAUAUCAUGUCUUCUGCUUACGGCAAAAUUCCAAAGCCUGCUUCGACCGUCUCACUAGACAAAAUUCUUCCUAUUCGCAAGACCCUGCGUAAUGGUGCUGAGGCCGUCUUGCAGGCUGUUGAUCCCGAGAAUGUUGAAUUAGUUGAACAAUUGCGUUCAUUGUUCAAUGGCGAAUUGGAACGCGGUUCGACCUAUCCUCAAGAAGAACCCCUCACCGAGGCUCAGUUCGCUGAUUACUUUUUGUCAUACGACGCCUUUGUAUUGACCAAGGAUGGUCCCAUCGAAAAGGGACAAUCGUACAAUUACGAAGAUAAGGUCUUGGGGAUGUACUACGUCAAGCCCAACUACCCCGGUCGCUGCUCUCAUAUCUGUAAUGCUGGUUUCUUUACCUCGGUUAAUCACCGUGGUUACGGCUCUGGCGUUGCCAUGGCAGAAACAUACAUGAUCAUUGGCCCUGCCCUUGGUUACAAGGCUUCUGUAUUCAACCUAGUUUUUGCUAACAACGAAGCUUCGAUCCGCAUCUGGCGUCGUCUUGGUUUCCAAGAAGCUGGUCGUAUUCCUGAAGCUGCAAGAUUAACGAACAGCCCCAACCAGCUUGUCGAUGCCAUCAUCUUUUAUUAUGAUUUCACAAAGAAGGCCAUUGCAGCAUAAAGUAUUGCCUAAGACGUUACAUCUACUUUUUAAUCUACUAACACUACUUCUGCUAUUACAGUAAUGUAGGAAUUAUACAUAUUAUAUACAUAUCAUUCAGCAUAUAGAGAAGAAGUUGAUUGUACACACCACUGCACCAUUUUUUGUACUUGUACUAAUAAAUAGAAAGAACCAAAGUACUGUAUAUAGCUGUAUGUACGGAAAGGAUUUCUUAUAUGAUAGCAGCGCGUAGUGCUUUCGGGAGACUUCGUGGCUCGAUUGGUGUUCUUCUGAACUUUACAAAUGGGAUACUAGCUGAUCGUCAGUACUCCUGUCAAUAUACAGGGUUUCAGGAAAGUGAUGUCGCAACCAACAGAAAUCAAUGUCGCAAGCAAAGUUUUUUGCUUCAAAAUCAAAUGUCACAUUUUUUGUCGCAUUUGUUGCUAUUGAUGUCCCCUUU